CUUCUCCCCUGGUCCUCAGGUACCUGGGGAUCUGCCACCCGAUGCGGACCAUCACUCUGGAGAGUAAGCGGGUGGUGAAGGCCACCUGUGCCCUGGUGUGGGUGGUGGUCUUCAUCCUCACCUGCCCCAUCUUCAGGUUCGCUCAGACGGGAUACGUGAGGCGUGGCGGCGGGUCGAGGGAGGACUGGAACAUCACGGGAGAUUCAUCUGAAGACGAGGGCGGAUACACCAACUGCUGGGACGACGCCAUCGACAAAGAGUUCGCCGACUACGUCCCGUACGGCAUCUUCCUCCACCUGCUGGGCUUCUUCCUGCCCUUCCUCAUCAUCGCCUGGUGCUACUCUCAAGUCGUUUUGACCAUUUUCCAGACUCUCCGAUCCCCCCCCGGCUCCACGGAGGGCGGAGAGGACGACGGGGCGACGGAGGGCGAGCGCGAGAGGACGUCCGUCUCCAUCUCCGGGUCGCAGUACUCUCACUACAUCCGGAGGAGGAGGAAGUCCAUCAGAACCAUCGUGACGAUCACCCUGCUGUUCGCUCUGUGCUUCCUGCCGUUCCACGUGACGCGGACGCUGUUCCUGCUGCUGCGGCGGCGCGGAGGCUGCACGCUGAUGAAGACCGUCUCCAUCUGCUACAAGGUGACCGGAAC